AUGAAACAAAUUCAGUGGUGGUUUAUUGGUGGUGAAGAACUAUUUAGUUCAACAAUCCAACAGCUAUUACCAUUUAUUCAUGAUGAAUGUCAUCUUUUGAAUACAUAUGGACCAGCAGAGAUAACAGAAACAGCAACAUGUUAUGAGAUAUGUCGUGAAAAACUUUCUCAAAUGAUUUCAAUUCCAAUUGGUCGUCCAUUGUAUGGUUAUGAUAUUUAUGUUGUUGAUGAAUAUCGACAAGAAGUUAUACCUAAUCAACAAGGUGAAAUAGUUAUUGGAGGUGUUGGCGUAUUUGAUGGAUAUUAUGAACGAGAAGAUUUGAGUGAACAAGUGUUGAUUGACAUGAAUGGAGAAAAGUGCUAUAUGACAGGUGAUUUUGGUCGAAUCGAUGGUGAGACAGGUGAACUAAUAUUUAUGGGAAGAAAAGAUUAUCAAAUAAAACUUCGUGGACAACGUAUUGAACUUGGUCAAAUCGAACAUAAUAUAAUGAAGUUUUCAUCACUUAUAUCAGGUUGUAUUGUAAUGAAACACACAUAUCAUGAACAAGAACAUAUUGUUGCUUAUGUUGAAACGACAUCAACUAGUGUGACUGAUGUAGAAUUACGUGAAAAAUGUUUAUCUACUUUGUCAUCAUAUAUGAUACCAUCAAUGUUUAUUAUUUUAGAAAAAUUUCCACUGUCAUUGAAUGGCAAAAUAAAUCGUAAAGCUCUACCUACACCUGACUUUAUUUCGUUCCAAAAAUUGAUAAACGAAGAUAUUGAAUCAAUGAAAUUUGGUACAGCUCCAGAUAUAGUCUCAUGUCUUCAGCAAGCAUCUAUCAGUGAACAUGCUCGACUUUUGACAAAAGCUAUUACUUCAAUCUCGAAUCCACAUUAUCAAUCAUGGUUCUCUCUCCAUGCUGAUCAUGGGGAAGCAUCAUUUGCUCAAUCUCGAAUUUUUCUUGAUGAAAAAAUACGAUUUCAAUCUUCGAAUAAAAAAACAACUGCUAUUUACAAU